GGGCCCCGCGGCCUUAUCUUCCCAGGACUGGGACUGGGUGCCACGUGGCAGCUGCGGCUUGGCCCCCGGCCCCCUUAUCUGCCCCCUGCCUCGUGGGCCCGGCACUGCCAUGGACGGCCAGCUCCCGCUCGAGCUGCUGCUGCUGCUGUUGCUUGCGGCCUCCGGCCUGCGGGGACAGGGCCCGGGGCCAGGGGGGCCUGAGGAAGAGCCCCCUGAGGAGGUGGUCCCCGAGGAGGAUGGGAUCUUGGUGCUGAGCCAGCGCACCCUGGGCCUGGCCCUGCGGAAGUACCGCACCCUGCUGGUGCAGUUCUAUGCCCCAUGGUGUGGGCACUGCAAGGCCCUGGCCCCUGAGUACAGCAAGGCAGCUGCCAUGAUGGCGGCAGAGUCUGCCAAAGCCAGACUGGCCAAGGUGGACGGGACCGCCGAGAUGGAGCUGACCCAGGAGUUCGCUGUGACGGAGUACCCCACGCUCAAGUUCUUCCGGGACGGGAACCGACACCCAGAGGAGUACACUGGCCCCCGAGAGGCCGACGGCAUCGCCGAGUGGCUGAGGCGGCGGCUGGGGCCCAGUGCCACCCAGCUGGAGGACGAGGAGGGCGCCCAGACCCUGAUAGAUGGCCAGGACGUCGUCGUCAUCGGCUUUUUCCAGGACCUACAAGACGAGGAUGUGGCCACCUUCCUGGCCCUGGCCCAGGAUGCCCUGGACAUGACCUUUGGCCUUACUGACCAGCCAGAGCUCUUUCAGAAGUUUGGCCUCACCAAGGACACUGUGGUUCUUUUCAAGAAGUUUGACGAGGGUCGGGCCGACUUCCCGGUGGACGAAGAGCUGGGCCUGGACCUGGGGGACCUGUCGCGGUUCCUCCUGGUGCACAGCAUGCGCCUGGUCACGGAGUUCAACAGCCAGACGUCGCCCAAGAUCUUCGCAGCCCGGAUCCUCAACCACCUGCUGCUGUUCGUCAACCAGACACUGGCCCCGCACCGGGAGCUCCUGGCGGGCUUUAGGGAGGCAGCGCCCCCGUUCCGGGGACAGGUGCUGUUUGUGGUGGUGGAUGUGGGCGCCAGCAACGACCACGUGCUGCAGUACUUCGGUCUGAAGGCCGAGGAGGUCCCCACCCUGCGCUUCAUCAACAUGGAGACCACCAAGAAGUAUGCGCCUGCGGCUGGCGGGUUGGUCACCGCGGCCUCUGUCACUGCCUUCUGCCACGCAGUCCUCGGUGGCCAGGUCAAGCCCUAUCUCCUGAGCCAGGAGCUCCCCCCUGACUGGGAUCAGCGGCCGGUCAAGACCCUCGUGGGCAAGAAUUUUGAGCAGGUGGCUUUCGAUGAAACCAAGAAUGUGUUUAUCAAGUUUUACGCCCCGUGGUGCAGCCACUGCAAGGAAAUGGCCGCGGCCUGGGAGGCCCUGGCUGAGAAGUACAAGGACCAUGAGGACAUCAUCAUCGCGGAGCUGGACGCCACUGCCAAUGAGCUGGAGGCUUUCCCUGUGCACGGCUUCCCUACCCUCAAGUACUUCCCAGCGGGGCCGGGUCGGAAGGUGAUUGAAUACAAAAGCACUAGGGAUCUGGAGACCUUCUCCAAGUUCCUGGACAACGGGGGCCAGCUGCCUGCCGAAGAGCCCACAGUCCCCGUUCCGGAGACAGUGCCCAACGCCAGCACGGAGCCCAAAGAGGAGCUGUAGCCGCCCCCACACUGCCGUCAAGCCCCCAGAGCAGAGCCCUGGAAGCCAGGCAGAGAAUAAAGAGCUUUGGUCCCG